UCUUCUCAGACUAACGUAGUCUCAUUAAUGUAUACUGGCCGGUUACCUCCGUUGGUAACGGUUCAACCAUGGUUGGUUGCGGCCUCAAUUGCUUCUUUAGUGAUCCAUCUACCACAAAAAGCAAUCAAAUUGACAAGGAAUUAGCAAAGGAAAAGUUAUAUUUUAAACGACAGGUGAAAUUACUGUUACUGGGUGCAGGCGAAAGUGGGAAAAGUACUUUUCUAAAACAGAUGAGAAUUCUUCAUGGAAAGGAUUAUGAUGAAGAAGAUUUACUCGAAUUCCGUCCAAUUAUUUAUCAAAAUACUGUCAAAGGAAUGAAGGUUCUGGUGGAUGCCAGGGAUAAACUUGGAAUACCUUGGGGGGAUCCCAGCAGACAAAGCCAAGCGGAUUACAUUAUGGCAUUCGAUAGGUAUAUUUCUACAGAUCCUGAAGCAUUUCUACAAUGUACACCUCAUAUUAAGGAAUUAUGGAAAGAUACUGGAAUACAGGAAGCUUACGACAGGCGGAGAGAGUUUCAAUUGGGUGAAUCAGUUCGGUAUUUUUAUGAAAAUAUUGACCGGAUAAGUGCACCUGAUUACGUUCCCAGCAAGCAAGAUAUGCUUUUAUCAAGAAAAGCAACAAAGGGAAUACAAGAAUACGUUUUCGAAAUCCGACGAAUUCCUUUCCGAUUUUUCGACGUCGGUGGACAAAGGAGUCAAAGACAGAAAUAUUUUCAGAAAUGGUUCCAGUGCUUCGAAGACGUUACAUCAAUCUUAUUCAUGGCUUCCACUUCGGAGUUUGAUCAAGUUUUAAUGGAAGAUAGGAAAACUAAUCGGUUGAGGGAAUCUCUGGAUAUAUUUGAAGUGAUUGUUAACAACAUCUAUUUUUCCAACGUAUCGAUUAUAUUGUUUCUCAACAAGAAUGAUUUAUUGGAAGAAAAAGUCAAUCAAGGCCUAAAGAUUUCCGACUAUUUUCCUGAAUUUGAUGGAGAUCCACUCAAUUUAUCAGAUGUAAAGAAUUUUCUUGUAUACAAAUUUGAGUCACAACGGAAAGAUCGUCGAAAACCAUUCUUUCACCAUUUCACAAUGGCAAUCGAUACCAACAAUAUUCGUUUCGUAUUCAACGCAGUGAAAGAUACGAUUCUACAAGAGAAUUUACAGACUCUUAUGUUACAGUGACUCCAAUAUAUGUGUAAUUUUGCUGCAAUAUUUUGAAAGAACAACACUUUAUAAUAAUAAUUAUUGUUAUUAAGGUGAUUAGAAGGUUGCUCGACAUUUCAUUAACAAUAUAUUUACUACACUUCACUGGAGGCAGUACGUUGCCAAAUGAGAUCGUAUCCUGAGAUUAGUUCCAGAUAUGCCAUAGAGCAUGGGUUAAAGGUUGCAAAGUGAACUAUAACCCUAAUGCCUUUUUCUCUCACCAAUAUGUAAAGUGAAUCAUUUUUAAAAUUUUACUCCAAUUUUUUGUAUUAUAUUUCUGAGUUUUGUCUUAAUUCGUAAUAGAGACAUUUUCGCAGUGAAGUUGAAUACUGUUCCUCACAAAAAUAGUAGCUUGUUACCUAGCAACGACUGCUUGGACAGUGUCUUGUUUGGAGCAAAAGCCUUAAAUGAGCGUAAAUAAAUUUCUAAUAAUUGGUAUAUAUGGCUUUAUAAUUGGUCUCCUGAAAGCCCACACAGACAGUCUCCGAACUCGUAAUAGAACUAAAAUAAGGAAAAUCGGAAUAAAAUUAUGCUCUAACCCUGAACUGGUACACACACUACUGGAGUACCCAUUCUUGAACUAAAAACCAGAGUUGCCGAAUGCCUUAUAUUGUUUUGCUGCCUUGAUAACCACUCAUGCCAAUUAUUAGUUGCUGCCUCCUACUAAGAGUGUUUCAUUAUUUUUUAGCAAAUCAAAUAUCACUGACUACCAUUUUUACAACAAAUUUUCAUGCUUGUUUUAGGUGUUUUCUCUCACUGACUAAAAAUAUGGUGUUAUUUUUUGUAGUUUUUUAGUCUUUUGUGCUCUGUUAUAAAACGAAAAACAGUAUUUUAAUGACAUGGAGUGAGAGUACUAGACCACUUUGAGAGCAGCUCUCCUCUGUUCUUCUUUGUGUCUUCUAUUCUUACUUUAUGUUUAUAUUCCUUCUAUUUUCAGUGCCUUAGUAUGGUGUGCUGCUGCCUUAUUUUAUUAAUUUAAUUCUUUGUCCCACUUGGUAAUUUUUUCUUUGACUUUCAGACAUAUCAAUUUAUAUCACAUCGCAUGCUUCGUUUCUUUAUGUACAUUCAUAUUUUAUAAAAUAGUUUGAUUUGAAGGUAAAUUAUGAAAGAGCUAUAGGGAUGACUUUAUACAAAUAAAUUUGGGAAUUCGAAUGUUACCGGUUCAAUUUGUUUUCAAAUAUUAUCAAUAUAUCUAUUUUCCUGCACAAAACUGUAAACAUUUAUGGGAAAACUGAUAAUUUUGACCACCUCAAUUUGUGAGAACAAUUUGACUACAGUAAUCCAAAUUAAACACCCUUAUUAAUUUCUACUAAACCAUCGACUCCGGCGCCAGAUUUUAAAAAAAUGGAUUUCGAUUCGAGGUGGUUAACACUGAGAAAAUAAAUUUUGAAAUAAAAACCGUUGAGUAUGCAAGCCUCCUUUAAAAUAAACCGUCAAGAUCGCUUAGUAAACUCGAUGUUUUUGAGUUUCUGAAUAAAUUUUUGACUUCAUUGAAUGUAUGAAAUUUCGAAUUUGUCUUCGAAUGGUUUGAAGAUUUGACUCUAGCCCUGCCGCAACAGCCCCUGUUUCAAACACAAAUUAUGUCUUGAUCCCUUAUUGAGUAGAUUUGCAGAUAAAAGAAAUCGAUUUUGUCAUCCGUGUGUAAACAUGUUUUUACUAUAUUUUUCUCACAAUUACAUUACGAAUAACUCUUCUUGUAAUUAUCCAUAUUCAUUGUUCCAACACCAAACAUACUUUUAUGAUACAAAUAUUGCCAAGUGCCAUUGUAAUGUGAAAUGCUUAGGAAUGUCAUUGGCGACAUCACAACACUUUUUAGUAAUAGCUCUGGCUUACUAUUGUUACAUCACCCUAAUGAUUCCCUAGUGCCUAGUACAUCGUCAUCAUUCUAUAAAUUCCCAGUAGCUACUGAUAUUCCAAUUGUAACCUUUGAUUUUGCUCAAAGAUCAUUAUUUUUACUUCUGGGUCAUUGCACAUAACUUCGUUUUGAGUCAAUUCUCUACAAGAAAAAAUAGAAAUAAAUAUGCGUAGUAUAGCAUGAUAUGUUUUUUUUUAAUUUUGUGACACAGAAAACCUUUGAUUUAAUAAUCUUUUGGCUUUUUUUGUACUGUGUUGCCAAAGUGCCUUCAAAAUGCUGACAAGGUCCAGCCUCAUUGAUCUUCGGAGAUUUGUCUUAAAUAAAAGGUAGUGCCUUGGCCAAAUCAUGCUGUAACAAUCAGUAAUAAUAUAGUUAUUACUAAUAUCAAUAAGUAUCAACUGAUGCAUGUGCUUUCAUAAUUUCAGUACUCUGAAUUUUUUUUUCAUUCUGAUUACUAUUGAUAUCAAUCUAGGUAUCUAGGUAUAUACUGGUAUUUAACAUAUUCUGAUGCUUAUUAAGAUUUCAAAAUUGGUAUUCUUUUAUCACAUAUGACAUUUUAUAUUCUGCAUCAAUAUACUGUAAUGAUGUAUUAUCUAACAGCUUAUGGGUUUUUUGAAAUUGAUUUUUAACAUUCAUUGAGUAUCUUAGUAGAGAAAUUUAACUUGAAGAAAAAUCAUGAAUUUUUUAUAUACGUUCUCCCCAUUCCAUUUUUAUCAAGACAAUAAUACUCGAUGUAUAAACAUUUAAUGAGAUUAUAAAACAAAUUUUCUUAUUUCUUUUUAUUGUUUAAUAACGCAACUAAUCUUAUUUGGUCAUUGUCUGCUUUUAGAAUAUUGCAUUAUCUCUCUCAAAAAAUGUCUGUGGAAAAUUUGUGUCAGCGUCAUAGUAGAGGUAAAAAGAUACAACGGUAUUAUCCCUUUUUGUUUAAAUACUGAUUUUUUGGGGUGAUUUUUCUUGUUGCGUACACAAAUUUUCAACAGAAUCAGAAGCGCAUUGCAAUCAUUUAUCAGUCUUUUGCUGUAAAAAUUUUGUUGCUUUUUAUGAAAAUGCUUUUUGUGACAACUGAACGCUUUUUCUUUGCAAUUUCUUUCUCAUUUAUGUACUGAAUAAUGUCGAUGUUUUUUUUUUUAGUUUGUAAGAAGUCUAAGUAUGUUAUCAUUUUUAUAUAAUUCAUUUUCAUGGUUGUAUUAUGAAAGAUGCAAAUUUUUUAGCAUUAUAAGUACACAUAACACCAGUUCUUGACAUUUAGUUUGUAAAGUACAUUUUUAUUAAAACCCAAAGAUUUUUUUCCCCUUUUUUACACCUGAUAUCAAAUUUUUAGCUUUUGUCUGAAACUUGAUACACGAUUUCUAGCAAUGUUUCUUUUUUUAAAAGUACUACCCACAAACUACUUGUAAGCGAUGGUUGUUUUCACAAGUAUAUUUUUAGUUUUCAUGGGAAUUUGCAACCUGUAAUCUCUGCUGAAAGUAAUAAUAAUCAUGCUUUUUGAUCAUACUCCAUAUUAUCAUUUUCAAAUUUGUUGGUUUUGUAGCAAAAUUUAUUUCAUUCAAUAUCUCGAACUUCUACUGUAUGAUUACCAUUCUACUGCCUCUGUACUAAGAUGUUUAAAUGGUGCUUUGGAUAAGUUAUUAAAAAUUUUAAUAUCACUGAAUUUUUUAGGCACUGUUUACAGGUGAAAAUUUGGCUUUUUGUUGUGGAAUCAUCGCCAUUCUAAACCCUGACUGGUAUUGCUUACAUAAUCUAAAUUCAGACACCAUUUUUUUGACUGAUAAUAUAAAAACUAAUGUCAAUUUUAAAACCAACACAGAAGUUUUAAAUUUAGUGUUUAUAGAAAGAAUAACACUGGAAAAAACCAUCUUAGUGAAAACUGAUGAGCAUUUUGCACUAAAGUUUUAAAUGCAAUAGCAGAGUUCUGAUUUGAUUUCCACUGCCUUCAUGUUUUUAAUAUGAUUCUAUACAUAUUUUUAUAGGAUAUGAUAUAGAAAAACAUUUCUUUAUUUGGUAUGCUAAUUUUUAACAAUUCACAUUUUUGUUCUCGAAAAAUAUAACAAAAACCUGUUUUCUUCUCAAUUCCCAAUAUUUCAAAAUUAGUUAUAGACAAUUUAUGAGCAACCUUCCCAAUUAAUUUAGAACCUUACCAAUUUUAGUGUAAGGUCCUUGCGAUAUUGUGACAAUCGGUCUACAUGAAUACAGAAACUUUUAAAAAUUGUCAUAGUAACCUUGGCUCACUAGGUUGUAAUACGAAAAAAAAGUUCUUUGAAUUAUCAAAACAUCUGCCAAACUAUUGUGACUAACUAAUACAUUGUGCUAAUUUAUUAUACAUCAUUGUGGGAUCCCAUUCUCAAGAAACUCAAAUACUAUCGCAAAAUUGAAUCCUAUUGUUACCGAUUACCGAUAUAUGUAACACAGUAUUUGAGUCUGUGCACUUGUCUUGUUGACUAAUUUUCGGCUUCUUUGAUCAGUUGGGGCAAAUUUCUUUCUUCUAAUAUACCAAGUGCCUUCAUAUGUGGAAACUUCGACAGUUUUUGACAAAACUAUGGAAAUCGGAACUAAACUUAUCAUCAUCAAAUUGUACCAGACUAAUUGUUAUGAUCAUUUUCAUGAAUUUUUUUUUGCUGUUAUACGGAUUGUAUUAGCAUUGCUCUCUCGUUCUGUAAUGCCAAUGUUAUUAUUAUACUUUUUGUUCUAUUUCUACACAACAUAUUGUAAUACAGAUACUACCCAGAGAUGCCAAUAUCACA